CAAGGAGCCACGUUUUUUUUUUUUCGUUUCUUUGCAAUAAAUAAAACCAAGUCUGGGUCGAAACCGAAAUUUAUUCAUGUAAAUACACAUUGGGUGAAAACUAACAGCACAACAUGACUAUUCAGACAGUGCUGGUACACUUAAUCAGCGGUCUGAAGUUGAAGGAGAAGGUGUAACCAUGGUAGCGCAGAAUGAGCACAGAAAGACCAUCUGACGGUGAUCAUUUUGGUUCUCUGCAGCUAGCCCUGCCAGGACCGAACCUAAAUCCGUCUGAAAAUCUUAUCCACUACGGCCGCGUCUUCAAGGGACAAUGACAAUUGUGUGACUGUAUGCACCAGGAAAGAAGACGGAGUACUGAAAAAUUUCCCACCGGUUGCAGCCACGAUUUUCCUUGAUUCCUUCCAGUUGCACUUUCAGCACGACGACAGAAGAGUCCCAACCUUUUCUCCCGUCUGUCCGCGAUGGUCGACCUUUUCUCCCGUCUGACCGAAAAAGUCUCGAAACUCACCGAAAAGGGGCUUUCCCUCUUUCAAGACCAAGAAAAUGCCGUGCUAUCGCACAACAAUCACGCUGCGGGGACCGCCACGGGUGGCCGACCGCUUCUUCGCCAAGUGUCCCGACGCUUGCUCUGCAUGGAAUACCCAGGAACAUCGCAGAAAGUUGCCUGCUACCUAGCGGACGCGCUGAACAGGCUGUACAGCAUUUUUUGACGCAGCACGAUGUUGUUGUGUAAGCUGUAAGUACUUACCUCUUUAUCUUUUCUUCUGUCACUUUCUACCAAGGACAAGGAGCACUACGCGGCGCAAAUUUAGAUGCUGGUAUCGCAGUUGGACAUCAUGAGAGAAUUAUUUUUUCGUUCCCGGCGCGGGCGCAUCUGGACAUGAAAAAAAAACACAUUUGAAAACGGCUAAAAAUCCAGGUACGGUGCUUCCUAUCUGAUCGUGAACAUGAGUGAGCGGCAGUACGACACGGGUAUGUUCCUCGGCUGCGUCCAUAACGUUUCCUACCGCGGGUUUCCCAGCCCGCCACUCCUAAUCGCGCUGCAGGUGUGCCAUUUUUUGGUCCAGUUUCUGCAAAAAUCGGAGAAGAUAUCAAGCAAAAAAGUGUUAACGUUAACGGUUUUGUGGCAUUGCAGUCAUGCAUGACAAAUCUUCGCUAUCAUGCAUGCUAUGCAAUACAAAUUUGGGCAUCAUUUCUCGUGCAUUCCUGCAUGCCAAAUUUCGUUAACGUUAACACUUUUUUGUGUGAUAGAAGAACGUCGUGGUAAUUCACUGCUUCCGGGGCUACGCCCGCACCGCCCUAUUCCUCGCGAUGUUUGUCGCCUACUUCUCGAACCGGGAGGCAACGGAAAUUCUGGAAAAAAUGGCGGUCAGUCGCCUGUGUCCGUUUUUCUCCCUGGACACCCUGCUGCCUUCGCAAAGAAGGUAUUUGGUGUACUGGAACACGGUCUUGGCAAAAAUGCGGACGCGAGACGGAAACGGUGUCGUGGUGGGUGGUUUUCAUAGUGCAGCAGGGAAUAGCGAUCAGACACAAAAUGCGCGAAGUAUACAAGAACACGAACAGCAGGAGCAGAGCAGCAAACCUCCACUGUUGAUGAACCUGCAAAGCGAGAAGUUUUUGCAAAAAGUGACGUUGGUCUUCAAAACCAGAACUCAGGAUGCGGAAAAAGCGACCAGAACCACCAGCGCUGCCAAAUCCUUGCUUAGUGCAGUCGGCGCGGAAAUCGGCCGUGCAACCGGGACUUCUAAAACAUCGGUUUUAGGGACAUCAACAACAACAAAGCCGAGUGUAGUUCUUUCCAAGUCGAGCACAACCAGCUGUAAGCCCAUCGUCCCGCCCGGAGCUUAUUGCUUAGAACUCUGGAGCCGGGGUGAGUGGGAGUUUCAACCGACCAGGCACAUCGAUCCGGUGGACUUGUUGCACAGUAACACCGGAAGUUGCAACAGCCCCAACUACGCAACACGCACAGGCUCGCAACGUUUUCCGUCGACGAAGCUUGCGUGUGCGGCAACUACGAACUCUUCUAUUGCGGCAACAUCACCAUUACCAAGUUCAUCUUGCACAACUCCCGCCCAGCAGAACCACACGCCCUCCUUACUGAAGAAAUCGCACCUGUUGUCCCGGCCAGUGAGGUUGUUUCCAGCACUGAAAGUGGAGGAAACUACUACACUUGGAGGGGACGAGGUGGAAGCAGCAGCUGCAGCAGGGGUCUCGUUGUCGUCUUCCUCUUCUUCCAUUUCUGUGACGAAAAUUCACCUCGAGUUGACCUCGCCACAAGUAUUAUGCGGUGACGUGCUGAUCAGGGUGUUGAGACAGACCACGGAGUCGGAGGCAAGAGCAGAAAUAUCAAAUCCCGCGUCCGCAGCCCUGUCUCGUCCCCCGACUGGUGGUACUAGCGCUACCGUUAGUAGCAGCGCUGCACUCGCUCCCGCCAAUCACGACGCUCCGACUAGUCCACCUUCCCGCGUCGUCACGAGUAGCAACUACGAACCAGAUUACCGCGUCGCGUUGCACACCCUCUUUCUCAACAAUGACAAUACGUCGAAUAGUACUACCUCCAACGCGGGACAAGAUGGUGCCCUUGACCACGCCAGUGCAACUAGUACUGGCUCUUCUUCCUCUGUCAUCUUCACCCUUCCAGCAUCCGAGGUGGACCUUCACCCCCGGAUCCUCACCGAGCAAGACAAACUCCUCGACCGCAUUGAGAUCAGUUCUUUCUCAAAAAGAAGCUCCGGUACUACUCGUGCUGGAGGCCAUUACGAUUACUACAACGAAGACCAGCACUCGUCCUGCGGGAGCUCGUCCUGGGCGUACGCGAACCUGAGCGAGGACAGCGACGCCCAUUUGGUGGAGGACCCGUUUGAACUGUGCAGUAGCCCGGACAGGCUGGAGAUGAACGGGUCCGAGUUCGACGGGCUGGAAAAUGAUCUGGCCGAGGUCGAUCACGAGUUCGGAACUGAUCCAGUCGGCGCUCACGGCGGCUCCAAAGUAGACCUGCUGCACGAUAGCGACCUGUUCGAAUACAAAAUUUUCAACAGUUGCACAGCAGAAGCAGGGGAGCUACAGGGUGCUUUAGGUUGUAGCACUAGUGCGAGCUUCGUGAACGAGCAGGUGAGUAGUGUACAGGAACUUGUAGUGGCUGCUGGUGCUGGAGAUGAACGACAAGCCCAACGACAUCAAGCAGAAGGUAAGAAGACGACACACGACUGCACCGCGACUUUCGCUUCUUUCUCGUUUUCAACGCCCGCCGCUGUGCCACCUCCACCCGUGGGAGGAUCAAUGCAGCAGACCAACGCGGAUGCGUCCAGUGAUCGCCCCUCCGGCUCCUCCGGGCCACCGGUGCAGCGGCAGGUAUUCGUGCAGUCGGAUGCGAGAAAUCCGCCUAGGUUGCUGUUUUCCCCAUCCGGGCCCGGGGGUUCCUCGUGAAAGAUGCGGAGAGCAGCGGUGCUGCUGGUCGUGGUGGUGGAGACUACUCUUUCAUUUCAACCACGUCGUGCAACGAGCGCGCGGUAGCGCGCUGCGUGAGCAGUGGCAAAGUUCAGUUUUGGAAUUUUGACGUCUGACGUCGUAUAGAUACAUCAUAGAUACGUUUUUUUGAAAGUGUAAAAGUUGGAGUUGCCCCUCAUGUACAGUGAAAGUUGUUUCAGUAUGAAAAUUUUGUUUGAAAGCUUACGCUUAGUCCACUGAUUUUCGCAAAAAGUAACGUUUCGCUCCUUGACAUUGACUGUUUUGUGAAAAGUAAAGAGAGUUAU